UGUAACAAAAAUGGCGCGACGUUUGGGAGAGGUAACGACUAUCAUCUAAUUUAAUUCUUUAUUUUCUGUCUUCAUUAAUUAUUUAAUCUAACCAAAGCAUAACUUAGGCGUUGCUGUCUUGAGUUACUUUAAAUACCUAGCUGCAAACGCAAAGAUAGAGCACACAGUGAAUGUUGUCGGAUAUAUUUAUUUAACGUUAGCUAGCUGGAAUGCUUUUUCAUCAGCUGUUGAGAUGUGCCCAGCGUGUUGGAGAGUCAUCUAGGGUUGUCAGUGGACUCUUCUCCCAUUGUACCCGGACCUCCUUGAAUACUUUCUCCACCUCCAAUGUCUCUCCAGCUCGCAAGAAAAGCAGUCCAUACAGUUCCGUGGACAGCGGACGCUACUCCUCACUCUUCAAGUCAGUUGUGUCCCACAGAGUCAGUGCUCAAACUCCCGACAUCAUAGAGGAGCAAGAUGUUCAAAUCUACGGACCUGUGAUAAAAUCCCCAACACCAUCUAAUCGAAACACAACACCUUCCAAAAUGCCUAAAAUCCUCCACCCGUUGCUCAACCAAGAUCGGCUAUUUGAUUUUGGCGAAACUGAGCUUGGAGGGGCUCCAGCCAGAAUUAUCCUACAGAGGGGUCAGGACAGGGGCUCAGUGCCCAGUGUGACCCGUAUCCUACAGGAGACUAUGUCCCCGGAGCAACAGUUUUACCUGGAGAGAUGGAGGAGAAAGAUGAUAGCUCAACUGGGAGAGGAUGGCUUUAAGGAAUACAGUCAGAAUCUCUUCAGGCAAGGGAAGCUUUUCCAUACGGCCGUGGAGAGUGUUCUCCCGUUGACGACAAAGGAGGUACCGGGGGAAGAUCCUGAGGAGGUACCAGAGAUGCAUUCGGAGGUAGAGGGAUACAUGGAAAGUGUACGCCAUGUACUGGAGGACGUUAGGGGAGUGAGAGCCAUCGAGAGCCGUGUACAACAUGAAAAACUAGGCUAUCUGGGGAUUGUGGACUGUGUGGCUCUCUACAGGGGUGUGCUGUGUGUGAUCGAUUGGAAGACAUCGGAGAGGUCUAAACCUUUCCUCAGCAACACCUACGACAACCCUCUACAGGUGGCAGCCUACGUUGGGGCCUUAAACAACGACGUGAACUACAACUACCAGGUUGAGAAUGGACUGAUCGUGGUGGCCUAUAAAGAUGGCUCCCCAGCCCAUCCUCAUCUCCUGAGCUCAGACCAGGUACUACAGUACUGGGAGAGAUGGCUGGUACGACUGGAGGAGUACACCGAGAGGAGGUGAAGGAGUGGUGUCUUUGCUGCUUGAUGUAGCAGAUGGACCUAGAAGUACUCUCACCCCCAGAUACAGAAAGUACCUUGGCUUUUCUGACACUCGGUCACAUUUGACUGGUGACUUGGACAAAGGAGUGUCACAGUCCGCUCAGAAACAGACAAUUUAGCAUGUUUUACUCUGACCUGUGACAGUCUUUUUGCGUCAUUGCCCGAUUUUGAGCUUGACAAGUUUGAAAACAGUUCUUAUUUGAGUGUAGUGUUGUGUUACCUCAAGGUUGUAUUCAAGCUAGAAAAUGCACCGCUUACACUGUGUUGAGACUGUUAAAUUGUUGUACAGUACAACAUUUUGUCUCGUCUAAACUUUUUGAGUUGUUUUGCUUUUAAAGUAUAAAACAUCACAUCUGAGGAAAUCGAACCACUGGGUGGUAGCAUCAGCCUGUGAAAAGUUCAGCAAUCAACUAACAAAGGUGAACGAGAGAUGGUUUCUAUUUUUAGUUUUAUACAAUAAAACGAUUUAAAUUUUAACCCUCCAUUUCAGUUAUUGAAUUAACAUUUACCAAUCAGAUCUCUAAACACAACACUGAUAAAAUGUUAUAGUUAAGAAUACGGCAGGCGGCAGGGUAGCCUAGUGGUUAGGGUGUUGGACUAGUACCCGAAAGGUUGCAAGUUCAAAUCCCCGAGCUGACAAGGUACAAAUCUGUCGUUCUGCCCCUGAACAGGCAGUUAACCCACUGUUCCUAGACCGUCAUUGAAAAUAAGAAUUUGUUCUUAACUGACUUGCCUGGUUAAAUAAAGGUAUUGUUGUGUUCUACUAUAAACCACACAGCUUACACUAAAAAUGAGCAUGGACAAACACAACUUAAUCUUCGCUAGUGUUAAAGGUAUUUGAAUCAUGUUCUCAUUUAAAACUGCGACCUGGCCAAGAUAAAGCAAAGCAGUGUGACACAGAGUUACAGAUGGAAUAAACCAGCCAAUAACACAAUAAACAAGUCAAUGACACAGUAGAAAAAAUAAAGUCUAUAUACAGUGUGUGUGAAAGGCAUGAGGAGGUUGGCAAUAAAUAGGCCAUGGUAGCAAAGAAUUACAAUUUAGCAGAUUAACACUGGAGUGAUAAACGAGCAGAUGAUGAUGUGCAAGUAGAGAUACUGGUGUGCUAAAGAGCAGAAACGUAAAUAAAACAGUAUGGGGAUGAGGUAACUGUUCGCUGCUCUGGCCCCCCAAUGGUGGAACAAACUCCCUCACGACGCCAGGACAGCGGAGUCAAUCACCACCUUCCGGAGACACCUGAAACCCCACCUCUUUAAGGAAUACCUA